GAAGCUGUGACCUGAGACAUAUCUGUCUCCGCCCUUCCCACUCCUCUCUGAAAUGAUCAGCACUUCCUGCCUUCAACUGACAGAGCACCCCGGAACUCAGGACACUAGCACCACCUGUGCCUCCACCCCCCCAUAAAACUUGUUGAAGAGCCUGUAGGGCUAAAAGAGCUGAGCCCUCCGGAGGUAUUCCAUACACCCUCCCCCAUCCUGGCAAAGAAAACAUUGACAAUGAGGACACAGGGAACAAAGUCCUGUCACAGGAGGAAGAGAGACUUCUGUCUGCAGUGACUGCAAAGAGAGAAAAGGCCAACGCCCCAGCGGAAGCACCACUCAGAGUCGGUCUGUCAUGGAUGUCCUGGUCCGACUCCUGCAGCUGCUGGUGCUGCUCCUGACCCUGCCCCUGCACCUGAUGGCCCUGCUGGGCUGCUGGCAGCCCCUGUGCAAAAGCUACUUCCCCUACCUAAUGGCGGCACUGACUGCCAAGAGCAACCAAAAGAUGGAGAGUAAGAAACGGGAGCUCUUUGGCCAGAUAAAGAGGCUUACGGGAGGCUCCGGGAAGGUGGCCUUGCUGGAGCUGGGCUGCGGCACUGGUGCCAACUUCCAGUUCUACCCAGCUGGCUGCCGGAUCACCUGCCUGGACCCAAACCCCCACAUGGAGAAGUUGCUGACAAAGAGCAUGGCUGAGAACAGGCAUCUCCAGUAUGAACAGUUUGUGGUGGCUUCCGGAGAGGACAUGAAACAACUGGCCGACGGGUCCAUGGACGUGGUGGUCAGCACCCUGGUGCUGUGCUCUGUGCAGAGUCCGAGGAGGGUCCUGCAGGAGGUCCAGAGAGUGCUGAGGCCGGGAGGAGUGUUCUUCUUCUGGGAGCAUGUGGCUGAGCCCCGUGGCAGCUGGGCCUUCCUGUGGCAGCAAGUUUUAGAGCCUACUUGGAAACACAUUGGGGAUGGCUGCUGCCUCACCAGAGAGACCUGGAAGGAUCUGGAGAGUGCCCAGUUCUCUGAACUCCAAAUGGAACAACAACCCCCUCCCUUCAAGUGGUUACCUGUUGGGCCCCACAUCAUGGGAAAGGCUAUAAAAUAACCCUUCCCCAAGCCCCGCCUCCAGCCAGAGCAAUCCCACCUACCUGCUAAGUCUGUCUUCCCCUGAGAGAAAUCUAGGCAAAGAAGUCAUUCCCCCCACCACCCCCUCUUCCUCCUUCGCUCCACCUCUGCCAGGAGUCUAACUUCAAUUCUUCCUUCCAAAGUGAAAAAGCUCUGGGGUGCCAGCCUGGCUCAGUCAAUAGAGCACGUGACUUUUAAUCUUAGGGUCAUGAGUUCAAGCCCCACACUGGGUGUGGAAUCUACUUUCAAAAAAAAUGAACAAAGUGAAAGAACUCCAUUCCCACCCUGACCACAGGGAGGAAAGUGAUAUUCUCUCCUUUCUUAGACUGGGUCUCCCAAUUUUUGCCCACCCACUCCUAGGGCAGUUCCCUGUCCCUUUCCUUUGUUCCCACAGUAGAGCUCCCCCUCCUCUCUGUCUGAAGCACGUACUUCCAGGGACUGGUCACGAAAGUCAUGAUACAUGCACCCCCCCGGCCCCCCCAACCCUCCCUCCCACUACCAGCUUUGGAGCUGGAGCGGGGGGUGCAGAGAGAAGCAAUCUUACCCUGGAGAUCCUGGACAAGGGGGAGCAGGACUCAGCAAAGAAGUCAGAGGUUUUGUCCUCAAAUAUUGUUUAAUAAAUAGAUAAAAUCCA